UUGAACAUUUUUGGAACAUUUUAAAAUAUUUUGGAAUAUGUUGGAAUUUCUUGCAGAGCUUUGGAACAUUUAGAGCUAGUUUGAAACUUUUUGAAAAAGUUUGGAACAUUUUGAAAAGUUGUUGGAUUUUUAAAACAAUUUAAAACAAGUCUAGAACAUGUAUAUACAACAUAUUAAAAAGUUUUUAAACUUUUGGAAAAUUUUUGAAUAUUUUUGAAACAUUUAAAAAUAUUUUGGAACUUUUUUUGAAAACAGUUAGUAUUCAUCGCGGUUAAAAAAUGUUUCCGAUAUAACUCAAAUAAUGGUUUCUUCUUUUUUCUAUUUAGUUUAUUGUAAGAAUGUUCCAUUAUUUUCCAUAUCCUCCAUACAACAAUCUAUUAUAUAAUUUUCCCAUAAUCGUGCAACAGUCUCCUUGUCAAUUGUGGAGGUGCAUCCAAUCGAUAUCUGCAAUGAGAAGAUUCCCAUGACAACAGAGACACACUCUGGAAAACGGAGCAUGGGAACCUUGUUAGGGUGUGGCUGAAAAUUGGGCGGAGAACGCUGGAAAUGUCCCGACUGAAAAAAAGGAAAAACGUACAGCCGGAACCUGUAUAUUUCAUUCAUAACAAAGCUCUCACACCUCCUACAAGCAUGUUCCGAUUCUCUCAUCUUCUUAUUCUUACUGUCCUCUUCAAUUUUGGAUCUGCCCAAAGUCUUGAAUAUUCCAUUCAAGAAUAUGCUCCACUCACAUUCCGUGAUCCAACCACGGUUUUUGACUCAAUUUCCAAUUAUGCAAGCGAAAUCUCUGUGGCUGUUUCGAAUGGAUGGAAUUUUGUUGUUGAAAAGAUUUCAUCGUUUGCAUUUGCCUGCACAGACGCAUUCAACUCCUACAAUCGCUAUUUUGGAAUCGGAUUGAUCGUUUUGUGUAUUACAUCAAUCUUGCUUCUCCUUGCCUAUUUAGAAAUUCGCCAUUAUUUUCGAUCCAGAACUGUGAGAACACCUACACUUACCAAAUUCACCACCCUAACCUCCCUUCACUCGGACCUCCAAGGAAAAUCAGUAUUUGCCUCCCCACCGUCAUCAAUUCUCAUCGGAUGCUCUUCCAUUAAUGAAACCCAGGUACUUCGUGACAUCAUCGACUGUAGAACUCCAUCUCCAAUCCCAGACAUGCUACUCCCAACUAGAUCUCUUCAUUCAUCCCAACCUCACUUCUUCACUAACUUUGAGUUCACCGCAGAAUCCCUGAUGAAAUGCUCAACCUUUGUUGGAAAAAUCAAUUAUGGAUUCAAUGGCUCCAAAGAUUCCCUGCUCCCACAAAAUGAGGAGAUUCUUCAGGACCGGGAGCCAAAAGUAAAAAGCUAUAAGAAUCUUUUCGUCUCUUAUCGUGACAUGGUUUAGGUUCUCUAUUAGUUUUUUUCCCACUUAUUUUCUAAAUAUUUUUUGUGUUACCUGUAUUUCCAUUGUCCCUGUCAGCCUCUUAAAAUCCCAGUAUCUUUCCUAUUGUCCCCUGUAAUUCCCAUUUUUAAGUUGAUUAUUUACAUCUUGUUUUGUCGUCAAAUAACUUUACUAUAAAAUUGAACAUUGCCCCUUUCUUAUAAAAAAA